UGCCGCGCCGUCAGUACGCUCGCUGACACCGCGGAGUGCGCCCGUAGCCGCUAAGAUCGCUCCCCUAUAUUAUGCCACGAUCGCCCCGCAGUGCUAACUGAACUGCGGUCGGGACCCGCUAAAAUUAUGACUUUUGGACCGAUCGCGCGCGAAGAGGAAAGUAGCAGAUAUUUCGUUCUAGAAGAGAAAGCUCUGAGGAUAGUGUCCAGAUACUGGGAAGUCUCUUCGUUGUCGGCCGAGAGGCUGAGGUAUCCUAACAAGCAGAGGCUCCUGGUCGCGCCUUUCGGACUGCUAUAAAAACUGAGAAAAAAAUAUUUUUGGACCUGAACAAAUUAGUAUUUAGUGUAAAUUAAGUGCAAUACGGUGAACUGUGUUUAGUGUUUCUGGGGUUUAUUGGAUAAAUGAAAAUGGUGCCCCAGCAAGUAUCGGAUGUUCGGUCGUUAACGCCGACGUCGAGCGGAGUGCCGGUAUUCGGUUCUCAACUCGUCGACAAAAACUCUUCUACCCCAUACACGGAUGCAACUCAGACUAAGAAGAACAAUCCGAAUCACAUCAAGAGGCCGAUGAACGCUUUCAUGGUCUGGUCUCAGAUUGAACGCAGGAAAAUAUGCGAGCAGACUCCAGACAUGCAUAACGCUGAGAUCUCCAAGAACUUGGGUCGUGUGUGGAAGACGCUCAACGAUGAGGAACGCCAGCCUUUCAUUGAUGAAGCGGAGAGGCUCAGGCAGCUGCAUAUGCGCGAGUACCCAGAUUACAAGUACAGGCCGCGCAAGAAGACGGCCAAGCCAGCGCAGCGCACUGGUGCCGUCUCCAAGCAGAAGCGCAAGCAACGCGCGGAUUCCAACAACAACAGGGGGUUGUCGCGACGACGGACAACGCGACCCGCCCCUAGUGUGCCCAGCGUGCCCAGUGUGCCGGUGGACACCCCCGCACCUCCCCCGCUCCCGGCGUCCCCCGCCGGCUCACCAGACUCCCCCGAAUCCGCCUGCUUCUACGAGGACAACAGCCGUCGUGAGCAAACCGACCUCACGGAUCUGUACUCCAUCACCGAUCUCCUCCCGCUACCAACCGACAUAGAGGUCGACAUAGACUCGUUGACGACGGACAUGGAGUCCUUCGAGACGGCGUCGUCAUCGUCCGGAUCCCACUUCGAGUUCUCGUGCACGCCCGACGUGUCCGACAUGUUGAGCGAGAUCGGCGUGGCCGGCGACUGGGUGGACCACACGUUCUCGUCGUACCUCACGUCGUCUUAGGCCGGCGCGGUCCCCGGCCAGUGCCGGUUCCACUGAUCUCACGCGGUCUCGCGGUCUCACGCGGUCUCGCGCCGCCGCACGGAGGCCUACGACGGGCGACCGCUCGCCGCCCCGCGCCCGCCUAGAGAGUGCCUACAUCCAAAAUGACGUGUCGACUUUUGGAUUCAAUGUACAAAGUUAUUUAAUAAGGAUCGAGGGUGAAAUUUUAAUUUAAGCGCUCUACAGGUAAUCGGAUUUGGUACGGCUUAACGGCCAUUUUUUGCAACUAUAUUGUGAAGUAAACGCCCCAAUUUGAGGCUUAUACCGAUAUUUGAUUAUUUACCGUCAUUUUGUAGGUACAUGAUCCGUGGAAUUGAAAGAUAUUAUAAAGUACAAUUUUCAUUUACAUAAUAGUAUUGUCAUUCAAACAUGGUUAGAGUUGUCAGAGAUCUGGGAUUGGCGCGUUUACUUUUUGGAUUAGGGAGUAUGUAUGGCCUUGCCAAAUUCUGUGGCCUAAGGAGUUCUUUGAAUCAACCGACUGUGAAGUCGCAUUCUUUCAGUUCACUUGAUUUCUUAAUUAAGUUUUGUAGAUUAUGAUUGCUCCGCGGCUGAAGGUCGCUUUUCGGGAGUGCAUCGGGUUUUAAAACAUAGGCUGUGAGUUGGUUCUCGUUUUAUCAUUGCUUUCGUUUCGUUAGUUUGACACAUGGGGGGCAUUUCAACGGCACGUCGAAGAGGACUUAGUCUAUCCGUCUACUCUCCGAACUUCGGCUAAUGGUCGCUCGCGUGUCGCGUCCGUAUUCUAAACAUGUACAUUACUCGACUUGGCUUCUAGUGCGUCCAACCUACAUUAAGUUCGCGAUUUCUACGUCACACGUUCUUUUAUUUUAACCUUUGUACUUUAAGCGUCAUUUACAAUUUACGUUCAAACGUCUUAGAUGAAUGUAUCAUUCGAGUAAUAGAAAAAUAAGACUAGGUUAUAGUCAUGUUUGUCUUGCGUUCUAUUUACUGUACGUAAGUUCACUUUAUACUUUGAUGCACGUGUAGUGAUAGUUCGACAAUUAUAAUUUUACCGUCGGAAGCUGAUCGGUAUGUCAUUGGAAGAAUUUCGGAGUGCGGAAUAUUGAUAAGGUGUAUAUUGGAAGAGACUCCUGCUACGAUUUUAUUGAUUAGAAAAAGUUUCGCUCGCUACUUGUAUGACUGAAGUCAUUUAUUUCGUUUCCAGAACUACGUAAGUUCUUUUCUGUGGGCGUAACUUUUUCUUUUCUUAUUCUUCUAGUAGUCGUGGUAGGAGCUCGGGAUGAUUCGUGUUGAUGUUCGAGGUCGGUACGUCUUGCUGUAUUCUACGUUAAGAUGUGUAAGGUAACGAUAUUCUUUGUCAGUGGUAAGGUAUGUUUAAAUAAGUAAGAUUGGCACUUCAGGUUUGAUGCGAAGGGACACUUAACUUCAUUUCCUUUUUUCUUCUGCUAACAUUUUUCAAAAUACAAAAAAAUAGAAAGAUACAUAUCAAUAGGAAUGCGUUGUUUCGCGGGACGGUGGAAACUUUCGGAUGGUCAAAACCUCGUUCGGUUUCACUCAAAUGUUUUGCUAUUUCAAACUCUGUGAUUUACUUACUUUAUGGAUUCUCUAAAUUUUAAGGUUCUAGUGGAGACUGAUAUCGCGUAGAUUAGUUUUAGCAGCGCUAGCUUCUUUAACUUUUUUAAUUUUAAAACUGGACAUAAUUACAUUCUUAAUGAAGAUAGACCGGCCAGGCCGUGAAAUGAGCGUUCUUCUGAUAAAGCUCUAACAGAAAGUAAAUCUGGUUAUAAUAACUUAGUUCACUUUUCAACACCGAAGAAAACUUGUGACGAGAUAAGGAAUGAUAUUGAAGAAUUUUGCUCAUUUCCGAAUGUGGUUCGAGUCUUACAUGUAUUUUUGAUAUUUCGUGUUACUAUCGAACUCAGGUCUAGCAUGAAACUUGAAGCAAUUUGCUCCUUGAAAACAACCUGUACCAGAAAUGCAUUACUUGUUCCGUACUUUCUAUACUAAAAACAGUUUUUUUGCUUAUUCAGCACUUUCCAUCAUAGGCCUUGAAUUCUAUAGUAACGCUGAAUCUAAACAAAUUGUAUAAAAAAUUCGCAAAAAAAAAAUAUAUCUGUCAAUUCAGAGGAAAUGGUGUCAGUUAAGAGGUAAACAUUUUUACCUCAGUCAUUAUAAGGUAGAACUUCUAAAAUAUACUGUUUCAGAUUGUGAAAAUCAAUAUUGUAGAUACCCUGUGUCCCUAUUUAAAGUUAAAGUAAGGGAUCUGUUGUGCUCUAAAGAUAAGAAAAGAAAAUGCUUUACCUACAUUAUAUUCUUAUAAAUAUAUAUGUAAAAAAGUUCAUGUAUUACUUAGUAAGUGUCUACGAAAUCCAAUUAUUUAAAAUGCAUAAAGUACAUGUUAUCUAUACAUUAUUGUAUUGCGAAACUGAAGUCUUGUCUAUCGUAGGCGAUAUUGAUUAUAACGACGAGAAAAGAAAUAAAUUUGUGCCUAAUAAAGUACUACUUGAAAUUUUCUCUGUAUAUUUUAGUGAUGCUCAAGAAUAUUAUAAGCGCGUAGUAAUUAUUAGAAGCUGUUAAAAAUGUGUAAAAAAAUACGAUUAAGGUUUUCCUUCGACACCAGAUGUAUUGCAUUUUUGUAAUGAUUUUGCUUUAUACAUAAUAUGAUUUUUGCUGUACGAACUGUGGUGGAAUCAUUCAUCUUGUUGCAAUAGAAACAAGUUGUUUUUGAAAAUUUGUUGAACAUAUCUGAAUUUAUUAUCCUUGAACUAUCUUGGAAAGUAUCAGAGUUAACAAACAUUGGAGUCUUUCAACAAAACACAUGCGAUUCCACUACAAUCGUCGUGUUUCACCUUCGCUGUAAUGUCCUCAUAUUUUCAAACUUUGACAAUAAAACGUCAUAUUCUGCUUGCGUUCAAAGUUCGUCUCCACAUUAUUUGAAUAUUUCUUUAGCUUAUUUCACAUUCAUACUGUUUGAUUUUGUUUUGAAAACUUCUGUUUUGAUGUCGGCUUCGUAAAUCUUCAACGAAUAUAAGCAAUAUGAUAGAAAUAGUAACACCAAGCUCAAGUAAGUUAAACUCCUUUACUAAUAAAAAAGUGAAAUUUUAUUAGUACUCUUUGUCAUCGUAUCUGAACAAACAGUCUACACCACCAAGAUAUGGCUUAUAUCUGAAAUUAAUUCGAGUUAGUAUCAGAAAAGCAAUUGUUAGCAUUAUCAUCAUGAGAUUCAUUAUUUUCUGGUUUUAUGUCUAAUUCGUUCAUACCUCUUUCAAUUUAUUUGUUGUCACACAAUGGUUCACGAUUCCUUUUUUAUUAGUGAGGAGUAGACAAAUAAACCCCGAUAGUAUUUAUAUGUGCAACAUCGAAUUUAAUGUUGUAACUUAGCGCUUCUUGUUGUGGUUUCAUAAUAUUUGGAAUUAUCAGGGUUUGAUGUUUCAUUUUAACUUUAGGAAUGUAAAAAGCCCUUUUCAAAGUGUUAAUCUUUGCCUUCCUUGAGAACUUUAUGUCCCUUAUGAUCCUUUGCUUGGAGACUUCCCUAGUAGCCAAGGCUUUCACAAACAGCUCCGGGUACGACUUCGUCUUUGUACGAAAUUUUCCUCGACAGUUUAUCUACACUGCGUCUUUCGUUGCUGUUUGUGAAAACCCGUAGAUCCCUUUCACAUUGUCAUGAGGUAUUUAAAAAUUAAUGUAAAUAAGUAUUGAAAACUGUUAAUAAUAACGAAGUCAAAAUAAAGCGACACUGUGAGAAAAAAUUAGAGGGUAUAAUAAACACGUCUCAAAGAAAAUAUAUCAUAGAAGACGUAGUUAGUUGUUGUAGGUUAUGUAUGUAAUAUAAAUUAUGAUAUUUAUAUGGAAAAAUAUAUAUUGUUGUGUACUUCAUUCUAUUGGGAUCGCAUGAACUAAGCUUACGAACCGCUUGUCCUUAGAUCAACAUUUUUUGGGGUAGCAACUGUGCGUCUGCCAUAAGUUGUUGAAACGAAGUAGGCAGCGGCCCGGCGGCCACGCAUCGAAGUACAAGUGCCACUUAAGCUAUUACAACGACCAACUUAUCGUAGACGUACAUAUAUAAACAAAACUUUAUAAUAUUAUGUGUACAUUAAAGAUAUUCGUAAAUUAGUCUUGUAAAUGCGAUUCAAUUGAGAAAAUGUUAGUGAUUUAUUCACAGAACUGAAAAGUUGAAAAUAUUCUCGUUAUAUUGUUUGAAGAAAAAAAAUGUUUGAACGUAAAUAUGAACUUCUGUAUUAUAUGAUAUCUAUCGCCAUUGUUGAUUUAAUUCGUAAGCGUCUUCUUAAGAUUUUUUUUCUUCUCUAUGAGACAACGAAUUUCCUUCUUUCCCUCAGCACAUUUCAUGUAACCUAAUGUAUUUACUGAUAUAAUAAUUGGUGUCUAUAAGAAAGAUAAAUUAAACAGUAUGAAUAACCCGUAAUAAGUAUAUUAUGUCGACAUCAACCCGUAGUGAUUGCAUAUAACAUUAAUAUUUACCAUUGUUGAUGUAGCUGUGUCAUUUAUUGGUAUAAAAAUAACGAUAAUAUAAUUAAUUAAUUAUAAACAAAUGAAAAUUUCGCACAAUCUGAGUCAAGGAACUAACUUAGGAGUAACAAUAAAUAGGUAUUAAUGAUAAGAAGUAAGUAACAACAAGUUACAGUAAAUAGGUGUAAUAUUUUUUUGUAAUAUUUUAGGUUUUUCAUAUUGGAAAGUGAUUUUUUUAUCUACCGCGCGUCGUGUUUACGUAUUUUUAGUUUGAACUCGUUUGAAUAUUCUAUGCCGAUGUCAGAUACAACUAUCCACACAGUGCACACCAUUAUCUUUGCAUCUAAGAACAAAAAUGUCAUCUGGUUUCAAAUUUGUGUGGAUACGUGCUCACGAGUUCACGAAACAUGCCGAAAGUUGUUCAAGUUUGACUUUUGAUGUUAUUCGAGUUACUUUACUGUAAAUAAUUUCGUUGAUCAAAUCUAUUAGGAACAAAAAGUUAUUAAAAAAAUGGUCCAUUAAAUUCUAUCGAGUAUUGAUAAGAUAAUUAAUAAUAGUACCGCAUAUGUAUACUUUGAAAAUUGUGUGUGCUUAAAUUUCGUAUAAUAAAAGGAGAGUACCUAACAUGCCAAACUUAUUCCUACUCUUGAAGCUAAAAGCAUGGCUUUAACAGUACACUAAGAAUUGGACUGAUUACAUUUUUCAUGUGAUUAUUUUAUGCACGUCUGCCGUAAGUCUUUCUUUACAUAUUCAUCGAUCAGUCCUUUUCAUCAUCAAAUUGUAUAGAACUUUGUCAACGCCAUCUAACGAUCGCGACUUGAACUACAAUGGGAAACAUCACAGUCAGUUGGUACAAAACUUAUGGUAGACGUGCACUCUCGUUCUUUGCCAUGGAACUUUGUAAAUAACUUGUUAAUAGACUUCUUAAGGCCACUUUUUUAGGAUUUUCGGAAAUUCGUGACUUCGACCGUGUGUCCCGAUUAUUCUAGUCUUCAAAGUCGCACAGUUCGAUAUUUCUUGUAAUUCCGUAGAGCUGAUGUAAUUUCAGUGUACAGGUCCGUGGAAAGCAAGUCAUUUUGAAAUAAUUCGGGAAGUUUUGCUAUCUCAUUUCUACUGCCAGAAACCUGAGUGAGAGGGAAAGAGAUGGCUAUAAGUUUCGAAACAAGUAGCGUGGGUAAUUUUGAGCGGAACACUGUACGUAAACUUCGUUUUGGUGGCCUUUGAAAUAUGGAUACCUGAUUUUUUUUACUAGUGUUUUUUUAUUCAAUUUAUACCAAAAAAAUUAUGAAGCUCUUAGAUACCGUUACCGAUGGAUCUCUUAUAGUAGCACUUUACAGUACGUCGUAUGUUCGGCUUACCAAAUAAAGGAAACAUUUUUGUGUUUUCACUUUUGUAAUUGGUUCUAAAACUGUACAUAUUAGAUCACGUUUGAUUUAAGUGAGACAACGCACGGUUCUUGGGUUGGGGCCAGGAAAAUAGCGGGUAUGUGGACGCAGGCGGGAGCGAUCGGUUUACAACUUUACAUUGAAACAAUUCACGUUGAAAAGCAAUUUUGCUAUUUGACAUUGCACACUUACUUUUAUAUGCGAAAAUGUGAAAUUGCAAUAUUGCUUUUAGAUGAAUUCUUUCAUCUAGAGUAUAUUAGACCCUCAAAUCGGCAGCGGGCUCGAUUGCAUGACACACGUAGACUCAGUAAGACGCAGAGCUUUCGUGAUAAGCGUCUGUAGCGAUGCAGCGAUGUCGCUUCACUACGCUGCCCGUUAAUCUCCUGGCCGCAUCCCUAAACUAAACAAAGAUUGUGACCCUAUCAGGGUUUAUUUUAUUAAAGUCUUUUGUCCAGCUAUAGUUUAAGUACCUUAGUUACGGAUAAGUUAAUGUAUUGGGAUGCGGUUUGAGAACCCAACAUUAAUUUUGCUCGUCCGUUAUGUAAAUUAUUGACAUGUAUUUCUUAAGUAACUGUAACUGCAUAUAAUGUACGUAGUAUUUUAAACUGUUAAGUAUGAAAUAACAAUACUGUAGUUAUGGAUUUAAGGCGAUCGUGUACAUUUUGUAUCGUACUUUGUUUCAAUAAUGAAUAUAUAUUAUUAUAUGGUAAAAAUAAAUCAUCCAGUUUUUAAAAAAUAA